UAUAACUGAAUACCAACAUAAACAGUAUUUACGAUUCAAUGAUAUUACGUCUUUAAUGAAAAACCUAACUGCAGUUACAAUAUUUUUCCCAAGAUAAUUUAAGCUUCCUGCUUGAGAUGUUACCUUCUAGUAGAUUUCUAAUUUUUAUAUUGCAAAGGUAGCGCGGCAAAUUUUAUAUGAAUAUGGAUUCCGGAACAGAAUGGCUAUGUGAAAUUUUACAAAAUGUACAGCUGGAACAAUUCUAUUUGCCAAUUAGAGAUCAACUGCAGAUUACAAGGUUAGCACAUUUUGACUAUGUGCAUGCAGAUGAUCUUGAAAAAAUAGGCAUCAGCAAACCAGGUGUACGCAGAUUAUUCGAUGCUGUUAGAAAGAAGAAACUGCAACUAUGGAAUCGAAAAUUUUGGAACAAACUGUUUGGUACAGGUUCAGUCACCAGAGAGAAAACAGAUUUGGCUCUCAGACAACAAGCUCCUACUGAACCACGGAGCACUACAUGUAUUAUACUAGAGAAAGAUAUUGUGUUGCAUAAUGAACUUGGUAAUGGCUCAUUUGGUGUAGUAAAACGUGGAGAAUGGAAAGUAUCGGAUCAGUCAAGUCAGAUGGUGCCAGUCGCAGUUAAAGUGCUCAAAGCUGAUGCUUUCUCACAGCCAGGGAUCUAUGAUGACUUUAGAAGAGAAGUAGAAGCAAUGCAUAGCUUGAAGCAUCCUAAUUUAAUAAAGUUACAUGGAGUUGUAUUCCAUCCUCUAAUGAUGGUGUGUGAAUUAGCAAAUAUGGGAGCAUUAUUAGAUUAUAUUAGGGCACAAAAUGGCAAAGUCUCAUUAAAUUACAUAUCAAAAUGGUCAGGACAAGUUGCAGCUGGAAUGGCUUAUUUAGAAAAAUCACGGUUUUUACACAGGGAUCUUGCGUGCAGGAAUAUAUUAUUAUCUAGUUUGGAUUUGGUUAAAAUUGGUGAUUUUGGCCUUAUGAGAGCAUUGCCUGAUGCUGAUGACUGUUAUGUAAUGAGUGAGAGACGAAGAGUUCCGUUCCCCUGGUGUGCUCCGGAGUCAUUACGGUCAAGACAAUUCUCGCAUGCAUCAGAUGUGUGGAUGUUUGCUGUUGCACUCUGGGAGAUGUAUUCAUUUGGUGAAGAACCAUGGAUGGGUUUAAAUGGUUCAGAGAUCCUCCGCCUCAUAAUGAGGGAAGGUCAACGGUUAUCAUCCCCCACCGCAUGUCCCCCAGAUAUUUAUAUGUUGAUGAUGCAGUGUUGGGAUCUCAAUCCUAAAGAACGACCAACUUUCGCUGGCAUACAACGAUAUAUGGAAACAAAUAAAUUUGAAACUGCAAUCGCUAGCUUGAGUUACCACAAACAAGGUCAAAUGACUAUAGAAGCUGGAGAUGCGAUCAUAUUGAUUGAUAAGAGGCCGGAGUUGCACUGGUGGAAGGGUCAGAACCAACGGACAUUAGAAGUCAGCCUUUUUCCCAGCACGUUAGUGAGUAUAGCAAAAAGCAAAAAUGUACCAUCAACUAUAAAACCGUUAACUGGUUCACCGAUGAGAAAAGUCCAACCUUCCCCAUCUUCACCAAUAAAUGGUGUUUCUGACGAUUCCGCUGUGGUACUCCGCAAGCGUCGCACUAUAGAGUCAACUCAGCCUCCGACAACUCGCGCCGGCAACUCCGGCAGCAAACACUUCAACUACAACAAGCUGGUCAACGACAGAGCAACACUUGGGGCACAGAGGGUCGCCAGGGAAGCUAGGGAUAAUCAUUCCAGAAGUCUUAAUCAAGUAAGAGAAGACUUGUUGAUAGAUUUGGAUCUACCUCCGUCUAUUAAAGUGAAUUCACCAACAAAGAAACCUUUGAAAGACAACGCCUCAUCUAUUCUGGAUGAACCUAUUGAUGUGCCUGAAAUCGGUCAGGAACCGAAUUGGGGACAACCGAGUAUAGAAAGUGUUCCAUCAUGUUCAACAUCUCAAAAUUAUCCCAAUUUAUAUGGUGCUAAAUCAUUAGACAAUCUUAAUGUUUCAUCUACACAUAAUGAGCAUAGUUUCGUUAGUCAUUCAGACCCUUUCGAAACUACCCACGUCUGGACUUCUUAUCAAGAUAUACCUCAAAGACCUAACUAUGAUAUACAAAUAAACGAAUCGAUACCUAGCAAUAACGAAUCUCAAAUAUACUCAAAUAACACCCAACACGAGACACAAGUAUCUAAUAAUUUAUCUAUAUUAAAUAUAAGCAAUUGUUCCAAUCCAAAUAAUAAAAAAUACGGAAUCCCACUUAAUAAUACAAACUUAACAUUCAAUGAAAGAACAGAAUCGAAUAGAGAUUUAAUCAAAUCUGUAGCACAAAUGUCGUUAGACGAUAGAAUAUCCGAAUCAUUAAAUCUAAGAUCGAAAAAUACUAAUUCGAAUAAUAUUUAUUCCAACACUGACUAUAGCUCACCUUCGACAUCGAAAUAUUCAUCUAAUCCAAACGAUGUAUACAAACAAGAGUUAACUUACGAUAACUUUGAACAAAAUCUCGCACAACAAUAUGUCUUUGAAAAAGAUUACUACACAAAAUUAACACCGACUGAAGCUAUAAAAGAAAAUAACUACGAAAAGAAUAUCUACGUACCUAAAUAUGAAGAUGAAGGGGAGAAAUUAAAGAAUUUCAGUGAUUCUUUGGAAAAUUCUAAAAAUUAUUCCGCAUUUAAAUAUCAGAAUUCUGAUUUCGAUUUGUACGCUUAUGCAUAUCAUCCGACGACGUCUGGUAUGCAAUAUGAUGAAGUUGCGGAUACUUCUAGUAAUAUUUACAGUGAAAUAGGUGAUGGUGAAAGAUACUCUAAUCGUGUGACGUAUACUAACGCGUGUUUGUAUGAUGAAGUGUAUGAGGAACCCCCCAGACCCCACAGACCCGCGCCCCCUUGCCCCUCUAAACCUAAAUAAACUACAUUCCUACGUAAAACUAAAUCAUAUCAAUUAAACUUGAUU